UUAUCUCCCUGUGUUUAGUUUUUGUACAAUUUGAAGAUUUUCAAGCUCAUCAUGGGUGUAUUCACGCAUGAAAUGGAGGUUAGUUCCCCACUUCCCACAGGCAAGGCAUUCAAGAGCUUUGUACUUGAAUCGGACACCCUUUUCCCAAAGGCCGCCCCUUUCGCAAUCAAGGGCGUUGAGUACCUUGAAGGAAAUGGUGGCCCUGGUAGCGUCAGGAAGGUCACCUUUGUUCCAGGCUGGGGGUUCGAUUACCUGAAGGAAAAGAUCGAUGAUAUAGACCAAGACAAUUUGUCAUACACGUACACAGUGAUCGAAAGCGAUCUUUUCAAGAACAUAAUUGAGAAAAUCAGCUACGAGACCAAGUUCGCUGUUGCACCAAAUGGAGGAACAACUGUUAAAGUGACCACCCACUUUUACUCCGUCGGCGACAUCGAGAUCAAGGAAGAAGCAGUCAAGGAUUCACUGGAGAAGCGAGCCCGAGUUUUCAAGGCUGUUGAAGAGUACCUCUUGGCAAACCCAGAUGCAUAAA